UUUUGGUAGCAGUUUCAAUAGUGAAGCAAGAGAGCGACUGCGUUAUUAUCGUACCCGAUAACCUAUCGUAUAUUUGUAUAUCUUAUGCGUAAACAAGUAUUUAUAUAUCUUGUUUUAUGUGUUUUAAUAGAUUCACCAAUGGAGAAGCUCCGCUCUCCUGCCAAGAAGCGGACCAAAGCUAUGCACCCACGAGUUUCUGUUAGUGAUAAAGGGAAGUCUAAAACUAGCAUGGUUGCUACUUUUAGUGGGUCAUCUUCCGUGGGUGCGAAGAGGAAUUUGAAUAAGGAUAUGUUCCAGUUUGUUCCCAGAAAUCCAUCAAUUAAUCUUGUUGACUUGACAAAUUCAAACGAACGUAGUUGCUCCACUGAUGUGAUAAAACCACCUGUUAUGAAGGUGAACUCCCGAAGGAACAAUAAAGGUCCAAAAUUCAAUACAAGAACCACUCCAGCUGCUUUUCAUGAUUCACUACGCAAGUUAAACGAAGCUCAAAAGAAUGCUGUUAGAGAGAUUGGCUUCGGAAGGAUAUUGGACUUGAAAUUGAAGGAUCUGCCUCGUCAUUUAGCUUAUUGGAUACUAAAUAAGUUCAAUUCUUAGACUUGUGAGCUUGAAAUCGAUCCUAGAAGGCGUGUUAGAAUCACUACUAACGAUGUGUACCGAGUAUUCAGAUUUCCUAGCGGUAAACAAACUAUAAAGAUUUUUGGGAAACAAGCUAAU